AUGGCCAAGAAGGGCAAGGAAAAGAGGGUGAAGGACCCCAAGGGAAUUCCCCUAGCUCAGCCUGAUCGGUCGGCCCCCAGCGAAGCCACUUUGCUGCAGCUGGCUCAGGAGCGAGGGCUUUUCAAGCAGGCCGACAGAGACCCGCGGAAUAAGCACUUGCCCAAGGGUGCCGUCCGAAUCGAAAGGCCCGGUGGCGAGGAGAGUGACAGUGAUGGGGAAGACGACGAAGAGGCCUUGUUAUCUCCCUUGGUGGACCGUAUCAUGGACACGCUGCUGUGGACUGUGAGUCUCGCCAUGCUGCACGGCACAUUCGAUGUGCUCGUCCAGAACCAGUACGCCAAGGAGAUCGAAUGGCCCAAUGUUUUCAGCCGCACGCUCAUUGCGUUAUUGGUGCUCUUUUUCCUCUUCUAUAACCUUCAUGCUUUCCCUUCCAGCCCAACUCUUGUCCCGGGAUUGCCGGCUCGUUAUCAGCAUCCCAUCCGACAGGCCAUCUUCUUCGUGGCUGGCGCGUGGGCUGGAUGCCACCUGAUUUACAUUACCAACAAGUUCAGCUAUCUGUACAUCAUGAAGCAAGCGCCGACGUUGGGAUGUGUGUGGAUUUGGUCGGUCCUGGAGCUUGACCUCCCCGUGGCCGUGGCCAAUCUCGGGGUAGCGGGUGCUUAUUUGCUGCAAGGAGGAUACACCAUUAAAUAG